AUGGGAAAUUAUUGUCAUUUAGAAGAGACUCCUAAAUCAGAAUAAUCAACUCUUAAAAAGUCAAAUAAGGAGAAAAAUGUUAUAUAGAAUUUAAUUCUAACAAAUACUUAAUUUUUAGAGUAAUGUUAAGACUUUUACUUCAAAUAAUUUCACAAGGUAUAGUCAUAGGUUCUAAUUAGAAUAUAGUUGAAAAAGACAUUAGGUCAUUAUCAAAGUUUAUGAAUUAAAAAAUGUUGGAUUCUUCUAUCAAAGGAUUGUAUCCAACUGAAGAAGAAAAAUAAGUUAUUUCAAAAAAUAUCUCUAAAGAUAUUGCAAAAAAAGAUAAACAUAUUUAUAAUUAACUAAUCUUUCAUUAUAGUUAAUUUCUUAAUGAACUAUUUGAUUUAGAUCAAAAUUUGCAAUUAAAACCUAUAUCAACAUAUAAGACAGGAGAUAUUAGAGUAAAUGCUUAAUUAAAUCGAAAUACAUAAAUUCGGCGUAGUUUAUCAGAUAAUUAUAAGUUUUAAGAGAAACUAUUAUUAUAAGAUUAAAGUAUAUCUUAAAGCAAAAAUAUUGAUCAAAUUAUAAUUAGAUAAUUUUAGGAAAAUAAACAAUUGGCAAAUAUAUUUUUAGAUCAAUUAAGCUGUUUUUACAAAUUAUGUUAUUUAAUAAUUGAAUAUGUCUAUUCAAAUUAUAUAGUAUCAAUAUUUGGUACAUCUAUUGAUUCAUUUACAGAUAGAUAUUUAUUGAUAUCAAAAAUAUAUCAAAAAAAUAUUAUAGAAAUAAAUCCCUUAAUAUAAAAAUUGAUUACAACUGCUAUUCAAAUCAAAUAUGAAAACCAAUAAUCUUUAAUGAAAUCUGAGCAUAUGUCUCCAGCAAUUUUAAAGUCAUAAUUGAUUCCUGAAUAUGUAGAUAGUAUAUUGAGUGUUGAAUUUGAAAUAGAAUUGUUAGAUUCAAUUGAAUAAAACUUAAAGUGUUCAGAUUAAAAAAAUUAAAAUUUUUAUUACUAUUAAACAUUUUCUACAAUUGAUAGGAUAGUUAAUUGUAAAAUGCCAUGGUUAAAAUUUAAUUUAAUUGGAAAAUUGGAUUUAUAAAUUGUUGAUAUUUUCUUAUAAGCUCGUUCAUAAAGCUAAAUAGCUCAUUUUAUAAAUGUAAUUAAACCUGAAGAUUCAAAAGUUGAAGUCUUACUUUAUAUUCUAUACAGAUAUAUGGCAGCUAGAAAAAAUUUGAAUUUAUCUUAAUGCUAUUAUGAAUUAAGAUGGAUGUAAGAUGAUGAUAAUGUUUUACAUAAAAAAGUAAAAACUAUAACAUGUCCAUAUUUCAGUAGAUUUUUAUCGUUAUAUGAAAUAGCUUUUAAAAAUUAUCACAGAAAAUAAGCCCAACUUUUAUAAAAUUGAUUGUUUAAUUAAAUAAUGGUCUAUAUAAUAAGAACUUCGAGUUUAUAUUUUCUAGUACCAUGAUUAAGUGUUCAUAGAUAAUAAAAUGUAAUAUUCAAAUGAAAUAUCAUUUUAUUAUUGUCUGAUUUUUUAUCUAGACAUNGUUGAAAAAGACAUUAGGUCAUUAUCAAAGUUUAUGAAUUAAAAAAUGUUGGAUUCUUCUAUCAAAGGAUUGUAUCCAACUGAAGAAGAAAAAUAAGUUAUUUCAAAAAAUAUCUCUAAAGAUAUUGCAAAAAAAGAUAAACAUAUUUAUAAUUAACUAAUCUUUCAUUAUAGUUAAUUUCUUAAUGAACUAUUUGAUUUAGAUCAAAAUUUGCAAUUAAAACCUAUAUCAACAUAUAAGACAGGAGAUAUUAGAGUAAAUGCUUAAUUAAAUCGAAAUACAUAAAUUCGGCGUAGUUUAUCAGAUAAUUAUAAGUUUUAAGAGAAACUAUUAUUAUAAGAUUAAAGUAUAUCUUAAAGCAAAAAUAUUGAUCAAAUUAUAAUUAGAUAAUUUUAGGAAAAUAAACAAUUGGCAAAUAUAUUUUUAGAUCAAUUAAGCUGUUUUUACAAAUUAUGUUAUUUAAUAAUUGAAUAUGUCUAUUCAAAUUAUAUAGUAUCAAUAUUUGGUACAUCUAUUGAUUCAUUUACAGAUAGAUAUUUAUUGAUAUCAAAAAUAUAUCAAAAAAAUAUUAUAGAAAUAAAUCCCUUAAUAUAAAAAUUGAUUACAACUGCUAUUCAAAUCAAAUAUGAAAACCAAUAAUCUUUAAUGAAAUCUGAGCAUAUGUCUCCAGCAAUUUUAAAGUCAUAAUUGAUUCCUGAAUAUGUAGAUAGUAUAUUGAGUGUUGAAUUUGAAAUAGAAUUGUUAGAUUCAAUUGAAUAAAACUUAAAGUGUUCAGAUUAAAAAAAUUAAAAUUUUUAUUACUAUUAAACAUUUUCUACAAUUGAUAGGAUAGUUAAUUGUAAAAUGCCAUGGUUAAAAUUUAAUUUAAUUGGAAAAUUGGAUUUAUAAAUUGUUGAUAUUUUCUUAUAAGCUCGUUCAUAAAGCUAAAUAGCUCAUUUUAUAAAUGUAAUUAAACCUGAAGAUUCAAAAGUUGAAGUCUUACUUUAUAUUCUAUACAGAUAUAUGGCAGCUAGAAAAAAUUUGAAUUUAUCUUAAUGCUAUUAUGAAUUAAGAUGGAUGUAAGAUGAUGAUAAUGUUUUACAUAAAAAAGUAAAAACUAUAACAUGUCCAUAUUUCAGUAGAUUUUUAUCGUUAUAUGAAAUAGCUUUUAAAAAUUAUCACAGAAAAUAAGCCCAACUUUUAUAAAAUUGA